AUGGCCUCUAUUUCUCGCGUUUUUCGACCUUUGUCGCGUUCCGCUCCCUCGGUUCGCCUUUCCUCUAAACGCCUCGCUACAUACCGCCCUAUCCGCAGUGCCUGUGCUUUCUCAACCACACCCCGCCGUCGAGAUGAAGAACUCACUCCAACGCCGAUCAGCCAUUUAUCCGAUAUAGAAUCACUGAUGGCUGACUCGGUCUCCAAGUUCGCACAAGAGCAGAUCGCCCCAAAGGUCCGGGAUAUGGAUGAGGCUGAAACCAUGGACGCAGCCUUGGUAGAGCAACUCUUUGAGCAGGGACUGAUGGGAAUCGAGAUCCCUGAGGAGUACGGAGGCGCCGGCAUGAAUUUCACCGCUGCGAUCGUGGCGAUCGAGGAACUCGCUCGUGUCGACCCGAGUGUCAGUGUUAUGGUGGAUGUCCACAAUACCCUGGUGAAUACGGCGAUCCUGCGCUAUGGUAACCCGCAGUCUCAUCGAACCUGGUUGCCUAAGCUGAGCACCGGCACCCUCGGCUCUUUCUGUCUUUCUGAGCCCGUAUCUGGCUCGGACGCAUUCGCUCUACAGACCAAGGCGGAGAAGACUGCGGAUGGAUAUAAGAUUAAUGGAUCCAAGAUGUGGAUCACUAAUGCCAUGGAGUCCGGCAUCUUCAUCGUUUUUGCCAACCUCAACCCCAGCCAGGGUUACAAGGGUAUCACGGCCUUUAUCGUCGAGAAGGGAACGCCGGGAUUCUCCAUUGCGAAGAAGGAGAAGAAGCUUGGAAUCCGUGCCAGCAGCACCUGCGUGCUUAACUUUGACGAUGUUACUAUCCCCAAGAGCAAUCUCCUCGGCGAGGAGGGCCAGGGUUACAAAUAUGCCAUCAAUAUCUUGAACGAGGGUCGGAUUGGCAUUGCCGCCCAGAUGACUGGCCUGGCUCUUGGCGCGUGGGAGAACGCUGCUCGCUACGUCUGGAAUGACCGAAAGCAGUUUGGUCAAUUAAUUGGUAACUUCCAGGGUAUGCAGCACCAGAUCGCACAGGCCUACACUGAGAUCGCUGCCGCCCGGGCGCUUGUUUACAACGCUGCCCGUAAGAAGGAAGCUGGCCAGGACUUUGUUCAAGAUGCCGCCAUGGCCAAGCUGUAUGCCUCCCAGGUUGCAGGUCGCGUAUCAGGGUCUGCAGUAGAGUGGAUGGGUGGUAUGGGCUUUGUCCGUGAAGGCAUUGCCGAGAAGAUGUUCCGUGACAGCAAGAUCGGUGCUAUUUAUGAGGGCACUAGCAACAUCCAGCUGACUACCAUUGCCAAGUUGUUGCAAAAACAAUACACGAACUAG